AGCAUAUAGUAAUAUAUAAAUUUUUUAUAUUAAAAUUUUAUACGAUAGAAAUGCCAAGACGUUGCUGUAUUCCUGGUUGUAAGGGAAAUUACGACAGCACUUUGAAAUCAAAUAAUUAUGCUUCCGUUUUCCUCUUUCCAAAGAAUGAAGAAUUGAGAAAAAAAUGGUUAGCUGCUAUUCCUAGAAAAAAUUGGUCUCCUACAAAAUAUUCUGCAGUUUGUAGUUUUCAUUUUGCUGAAAAUGAUAUUCAAAGAUAUGAAAAAAUUGUAUGUACUAAUAAUACAAUUGAAAAUGUUUUAUUGUGUCGUCCAAAACUUGUAGAGAAUGCAGUACCUUCUAUUUUUCCUAAUGUGUCAACUUAUUCAAGACACGAAAGUAAAAAAACCUUUUAUUCAAGACUGAAACGCAGAAAAAAUUUCAAAGAACAUAAUUAUUCCAAGCAACAAGUUAUUCCAAAUGAUGAAUGUUUAGUCCAAGAAUGUAAAGACUUAGAUUUAAUCACAGAUUUUUCAAAUUUAGUGAAUAAGUAUAAAGAAAAACUUAUAAUUUCAGAUUGUUGGAAUAUCAAAUUAAUAAAAUCUAAAAUUUAUUUUUAUAAACUUGAUUAUGAAAAUGAUAUUUUAGUACUUAAUACUCAAAUUGUUAUUAAUGACCAAAUGAAAUUAUAUGUUUUUCAUAAAGGUAAUAAAAUUUCUUCUCAUGAAUUAAAAUGGGUAUUACCUGGUGAUAUGAAAUUAUCCAGGUGGUACCAACUUCAAAAUUUAUUAACAUGGUAUAAAUCUACACCUGAUGUACCUGAUAGUGAUGAGAUAAUUCUUAUUGAAUAAUAUCUUAAGAAGUUUUUAGACACGUGCAAUAAUAUAUAUAU